AACCGCAAGUAUACCCUUCCAUUCUUACACGUCCCCACACCCGUCAUACUGUCUUUGAUCUGUUCACUCUUGCUCUUCUUGGCAUUCAAUAUCAGAGGCGUUUUUCUUCUCCUCGGCAAAAGUCAUGGUUUUUACCAUUCAAUGCCACAACCGUUUCUCUUCUCCUUUCUCUUUAGAUUAUCAAAGAUUAUUUUAUUCCUUUCUCAGAUGUUUAUACUUCUAGGAUUUCACCAGUAGUCAAAUCUCAAGUUACACAAUCAAUUAUGUUCGGGCCUGCCAAGUUGCGAUUCUACUCUCACGAUUGCUUUUAUAGGAGCUAUCAUCCAGGAAAUGGGUCGAGUCUCGAAACUUUCGCCUCUCGAACACUUGGUUCUUAUUAACAUUCGACUGAAUAGAUCAUCCAACUAUCUUGAUCCCUGGUUUAAUUUGGUGAUAUCAAAUGGGAAAUUCUUGAUUUGGAUUCUGAAUUUUCUCGAUUAAAUCCCAUUUGUUGGUUGUUUUCCUUUAGUUUUUACGUAAGGUUGUUUAGUUAAUUUUUUAAGGAUGUUUGAAGAAGCCAGGUACAUGUGAAUGAGUUCGGGUUCUCCCUUACUGUGAACGAUCUCAGCUUUGACGUAGACGGUGGAUUCACAAAGAAUGGCUACGUACUGUGACCAGGGUGAGGGUCCAAUACAUGCAAUGAAGUGGAGAACACGCCUUAUUGCAUGGGCUAAAAAUCCUGGGAUUAAAGUAUACGACACAACAAAUGAUCAGCGCAUCAUAUUUGUUGCGAGACAACAAGAACCCAUGCAUCCAGGUCUUACUACCUCACAUAUAUUAGCAGGACGAUACUCUCUUGGUUAUUGGGUCAGGCACAUCAGUAAUGAUUGUUGCCACAAGGGGGAACGCUAAUACAGGCACCAAUGGAACACGAAGGGAUGUAGCCUUUUCCAGUACGAAGCAGGUUGAUAUUGUGACGUCUUUUCAAGCCAGCUAUUCCAUUUCAAGAAUUGCACCCUAUGGUUUUCAUUGAUUAUAUUUUUAGGAAAUAAAUAGAUAAAAAAUUUAGCGGCACUGCUCUACAUUUUAAUAAUAUGGUUGUUUCGGGUGAUUUU